AUGUCUCCUACAAAUACUUUAUUUUCAACAGAUUCAACAGAAAAGAAUAAAGAAAGAAGGGAAUUAGCCGCUCAUUUAGCAACACAUGAUACUUGUCUUUGGACUGAUGAAGAUGUUACUUUGUUAUUACUUGAGUUAGAAAUUGAAAUAGGAGAAGGCACAAAUAGGUUUAUAUACGAUGACGAACGAAUGUCCUAUUGCAAUUAUCUCUCUCAAACUGCCUUUUCUCAUCAAGCAAAGACACCUAAAGAUAUUCUCGAUAAAAUUGUCUGGUUAUGGACUACCUGGGAAGCUAUCAGUAAAGCAACAGGUAAGUCCUGGUGGAAAGUUACUGAAGCGGAAAAAUAUAAACUUUCUCUUGUGAAGGAUGACCAAGACCAACAGCUGAUCUCUAUGUUUAAGUAUUAUAACGAAUGUGAUCGAAUAUUUGCUUAUAUCAAAGAAGAUGAAGGCGAAGUGGAUGAUGAAUUCUUGUUUGAUGAAGGAUCCAGCAUUUAUUACUAA